CCCGACGCGACUACAGUCAGUUCCGCCGCGACCGGUGCUCUCGUCCGUCACGCGCGCGCCGCUUUCGUCUGUCGUAUUCGCGUUGAUAAAAAAACGUGUGCUCAGAGGUGAUCGAACGUUGUUAUUUAAAUAUUUUUUUCGUUUCGCACCCGCAACGGACGUUAUCCGUAAGUUCGCGAUUAUUGUCAAUUUCGCGCCGAAAUUUUUUUUCUCGACAGUCCGUCCGAGUAGUCACGCACUGCACAGCAGCAGCAUCCAACCGCCUCUGCCACCAUGCAACCGAGCAACGGCUCCAAAGACGUGCCGUCGGCGGCGGCCGAGAAGACUUGCGGCGCGACAGGCGGUUCCGGCAACCAGCAGUUCUGCUUGCGUUGGAACAACUACCAGAGCAACCUGACCAACGUGUUCGACCAACUGCUGCAGAACGGCACGUUCGUGGACGUGACGAUCGCCUGUGACGGUCAUACACUCAAAGCGCACAAGAUCGUGCUGUCCGCAUGCAGCCCAUACUUCCAGAGCAUGCUGGCCGAGAAUAAGUGCAAGCACCCGAUCGUCAUAUUGAAAGACGUCCAGUGGCCCGAACUUAGGGCAGUCGUCGACUUCAUGUACAAGGGAGAGAUAAACGUUUAUCAGGAACAGAUUGGCCCGCUGUUGCGCGUCGCCGAGACACUGAAAGUCCGCGGUUUGGCCGACGUCAGCAACGAACAACUCACCGGCGGUGGUGGGUGUGAACCACAAGCCGCGGCCACUGUGGUGACACCCACGACUGUAGCACCCGAAUCUCCCAAACAGCCAGCCCGGAAGCGGCACAGGCUGUCACCACCGGCGGCUAGCCCAGAGUCUGUCAUAUCCGACAUGGGAUCGUCGGUCGCGGACACGCCGCUCAACUUGCACCACAUGCCACCACCUCCAGCCCCCCAUCAACAGCAGCAGGCGCAGUCGCAAUUAUCGCACGUGCACCACCAACAACAACAGCAGCAACAACAACAACAACAACAACAACAACAACAACAACAACAACAACAACAACAACAACAUCAGCAGCAGCAACAGCAGCAGCAGCAACAACAACAGCAGCAACAACACCAACAACAGCAGCAGCAGCAGCAGCAGCAGCAGCAGCAGCAGUCGUCACAACAGCCACCGGCACCACAGGCCAUGCCGCCGUCCGCCUCGUCCGCUUCAUCGUCGUCGUCGUCAUCGUCAUCGAUACCACCGCCGAGCAGCGUGGCCGACGAUAUGGAGAUAAAGCCGGGUAUCGCCGAGAUGAUACGCGAGGAAGAAAGAGCCAAAAUGUUUGAAAGUUCUCAGGCCUGGCUCGCAUCCACGUCCUCGCCAAUGACUUCCGACAGUUACCAGUACCAGUUGCAGUCCAUGUGGCAAAAGUGCUGGAACACCAACCAGAGCCUGGUGCACAACCUGCGGUUCAGAGAGCGUGGUCCGCUCAAGUCGUGGAGACCAGAAACGAUGGCCGAGGCUAUUCUGUCCGUGCUCAAGGAGGGCCUUUCGCUGUCGCAGGCAGCCCGCAAGUACGACAUCCCGUAUCCAACGUUCGUGCUGUACGCCAACCGGGUGCACAACUUGCUCGGUCCAUCCGCAGACGGCGGCGCAGACUUAAGGCCUAAAGGCAGAGGACGUCCUCAAAGGAUAUUGUUAGGAUUUUGGCCAGAAGAUCACAUUCAAAAUGUAAUCAGGACUGUUGUGUUUAGAGACGCACAAAACAUCAAAGAAGAAGCAUUACACCUUUACCCAAGAAUACCGUGUUUAUCCGACCCAAUGUCUGGUGGUCACUAUGGUAACAACGCGGUUCAGUCGGUUGAAGGUCCUGUGUCGCCAAACUCUGCCGCGGCCGCUGUGGCUGCUGUCGCGCAGGGUAUACGGCAGCAAAUGAUGGCCGCCGCCGGACAUAACAUCUCUCCUUCAUCGGGUGUUGACGCGUUCGCCCUACUCGCCUCUUCGCACCUACCCAGUCCGGCUGACAUGUCACCCAAUUCGUCUCCACCCGAUUCACCGUUAGUUUCCAACAACAACGUCGAGGUGAGCCUUAGCGGUUACAAGCGAUCCAUCGACCACUCCAACCAAGAUAACGUGUUCGUCGAAGACAUUGAUGAGCUCGUGAAGAACAGCCAUUGUACUGGAGGCUCGUCAAUGGGCAACAACAUCGAUCAGCAGCCGUUGCCGUUAGUCAUCGAGCAACGGACUGAAUAAAAAAUAACACCUACACACAGACUGAGAUAAACUAUAGCGAACAAAUCCAAUAAUACUGAUGUAUUAAAGACUUUGUGGUCAUGUGAGUUGGUCGUCGAUUAAAAAUCAACAAAA